AUGAUUAAGCUGCCAAUUACCUUGGGAACCGCCCUUGCAGUAGCCAAAUUAAUGGCUGAUUUCGCGGUAAUCGACCAAUAUUCGGCGUACAAUGCCGUGAUUGGUCGGCCAAUCCUGAAAGAGAUGAAGAUCGUGACUUCGAUCUAUCAUCUCACAAUGAAGUUCCCUACUCCUGCUAGAGUAGGCUCUGUGCGAGGAGUCCAGUCAGACUCAGGAGAAUGCUACAAUGCAGCAGUCAAGCUCGCAGAGAAGAAGUCAGUAAAUGUAAUCUAUCUGUUAGAGGCACCACCUCCUCGCCAGGAGGUCUUUAGAAUCGAAGAAGUGCCGCACAAAGAUGGACCAGAUUUGGAUCCGACGAUCCUCGAUUAUGGCACAACCGCCCAAGCUGCGGAAGACACUAUUGAGGUACCUAUUGAUCCCGUAGAUAAUAGUGCGACAUAUCAAAGGCUUGUGAAUAUGAUGUUCGCAAAUCUUAUUGGGGACACCAUGGAAGUAUAUGUUGACAAUAUGCUCGUAAAAUCUCAACAUGCAAAAGACCAUGUCACCCAUUUACAGGCAAUGUUUGAUAUAUUGCAACGAUAUAAAAUGCGGCUAAACCCUCUAAAAUGCGCCUUUGGAGUCAGUUCAGGGAAAUUCCUUGAAUUCAUUGUUAAUCAACGAGGAAUAGAGGCAAACUCCGCGAAGAUCAAAGCAUUGGUGGAAAUGCCAUCACCGACUAAGCAAAAAGAAGUCCAAAGCCUCACAGGUAAAGUCGUCGCUCUAAACCGCUUUAUAUCACGAUCCUCUGAUAAAUGUAAGGAGUUUUUUCAGAUUUUAAAAGGCAAUAAGAAGUUCCAAUGGACCAAGGAAUGCGAGGAGGCUUUUAAAGCAUUAAAAAAAAAUUUGGGGCAGCCCCCAAUCCUAUCAAAGCCCAUGACCGGCGAGGUCUUAUCCAUUUACCUAGCGGUGUCAGAAUAUGUGAUUACUUCGGAAAGUCUUGGCAAAACCAGAGACAUCGGGGAGAUUGUUGAAAUGGUCAGUAGAGUUAAGCCAAUUCGACAUCAGGUGAAUGGAGAAUAUCUCGCGAGAGGCGGGAGAUUGGUUAAGUAUCUAGCCAUAGUAUGCGAACUGAUGCAUAAAUUCAAGAAAGUAGUCCUGUCCCGAGUACCGCGUGCUCAUAACUCACAUGCAGACGCAUUGGCCCGUUUGGCCUCGACUAGGGAAGCUGAAUUACUCGAUGUAAUUCCUGUUGAUGUAUUGGCUCACCCAACGAUAAAUCAAGAAGCGAUAAUGGAAGGGUCUCUUACCUGGUGA